AUGGCCGAAAAGGCGGCACUGCUGGCAUUUGCGAAGGCGUUCGACAACCACCCGGUGUUCUUCAAGUGGGGGUCGUGGGCGAACGUGUCGCUGGGCAUGCAGUACAACACGUCCAAGCCCUGCGUGCAGUUCUGGAAGUGGAUCACCUGCGACGCCGAGGGCCGCGUUAACGCCAUCGACAUCGGCAACCCCAUGAUGGUGGACAAGGACCCGUCGUACGGCAAGGGGAUGUCGCCCGGCGCGCUAAAGGGGCAGAUUCCGUGGGCCAAGAUGACGGCGCUCGAGAACCUCGUGCUCAUUAAUCUCCAGGGCAACGACGUCUACGGGCCCGUGCUGCCGCCCAUUAUUUCCAAGUUCUCCAAGCUCAAGGAAAUCAUGUUCGAGGGCAACCGGUUCGUGGGGCCCAUGCCCGAGGAGGUCUCGGCGCUCAAGGACCUGCAGAAAAUGGACGUGAGUCUGAACCGCAUCACGGGGUCAAUCCCACGUGGCAUCGCCACGCUGGCCAAUCUGACGUGGCUCGCGCUCUCGCAAAACCAGAUGGCCGACGUGCUGCCGCCCGAAUUCGGCAACUUGACUCAACUUAAAAAACUGGACAUUGGCGGGAACUCGUUCCAAGGCGCGCUGCCGGAAAGCUGGGGCAAACUGCAGAAGCUAGAGCUGCUCAAUCUGCAGAAGCUGAAUCUGAACGGCUCCUUCCCCGACUCGUGGGCGGGCAUGACGUCGCUGCAGCACUUCGUCGCGCCCGCUGCGCGCAUCCAGAGCCGCUUCCCCUCCUUCCUGCUCAAGCUAAAAAACAUCUCCGACAUUGUGCUAUACAACAACGAGCUCUGGGGACCACUGCCGCCCGCCAAAGAGCUCUUUGCGCCCCGCACGCUCACCGCACUCGACGUGAGUUCCAACUUCCUCAACGGCACGGUACCCGCAGUGCCUGCUGGCCGCAACAUCGACUUCAAGUAUUUCACCAACUGUCUCAACACGUCAGCCAACCCGGCACUGGCGGAUCAGACGCCACAGGACCCCGCCGAGUGCACCAAGUUCUACAACACCCUCAAAUUCGCUUCCGAGCUCUCGAGUGCGAGCUACAACGGCACAGAGACAGUGCAGACAACGGAGUACGUGCCGGCAUCCAAGACGCCCAUGAUCAUCGGCAUCACCGUGUCGCUGGCCAUCGCCAUCGCUGCUGUGGGCGGGGCCAUCUGGUUCCUCUACUACACCAAGCGCGGCCAGAGCAUCUCCAAGAUGUUCACCAAGGGGCUCCGCCAGGCGACGCGCGAGUUCACGCUGAAGCAGAUGAAGGCGGCGACCAACAACUGGCAGACAGUCAUCGGCAAGGGAGGCUACGGCACCGUGUACAAGGCCACGCUCAAGGACGGCCAGCUCGUGGCCGUGAAACGCCUCGACCAGGUGUCCAAGCAGGGCGACGUGGAGUUCAUCCGGGAAGUGGAGCUGCUGUCGCGCGUGCACCACCGGCACCUCGUGAACCUCGUGGGGUUCUGCGCCGAGAAGGGCGAGCGCGCGCUGAUUUACGAGUACAUGGCGAUGGGAUCGCUGUAUGAGCACCUGCAUGGGGAGAGUGCGAAAGAGUACCCGCUGUCGUGGGAUAGCAGGACCAAGAUUGCAAUUCACGUGGCGCUUGGGAUUGAGUACCUGCACUAUGGUGCCGACCCUCCUCUCAUUCAUCGUGAUAUCAAGUCGGCCAACAUCCUUCUGUCGGACGACGGCUACUCCAAGGUGGCUGACUUCGGUCUGUGCAAGGAGGCGCCCAUCGGCGCGGGUGCGGACGGCGGGGAGCAGCUGGUGCCCACGGCCACAGCAGUGCGGGGGUCAUUCGGGUACCUGGACCCCGAGUACGUCAACACCAGUAUCCUGUCGGAGAAGUCGGACGUGUACAGCUAUGGCGUCGUGCUGCUCGAGCUCAUCUCGGGUCACAAGUCCAUCCACGAGUGGCAGCCCCUUGCUUACUGGGCGGAGGAGUACCUAGCUGACAGGGAGAAGACGCCUCUCAUGGUGGACCCCAAGCUGGAGGGCAACUUUGACCUGGACGAGCUCUACGCGCUCUGUGACAUCGCACGCACGUGCGUGCAGGACCAGGCCGUCAACCGCCCCACCAUCCGCGACGUCGCCAAGGCCCUCGUGGAGAACCUCGGCCACGCCACCUCCAGCUAUGCCGGCAGCCACCGGGAUUCCGCGUCUAUCAUGUCGUCGUCGCAGUCGGACGCCACGUCACUGCCGUCCUCGUCGUACCCGUCCACGACUGAGUCGUCGGAGUUUAGCUAUCAGAAUUACUCGGAGACGCUGCACUGGGCGCCCGGGGAUGACAACUCGACUGCGCAGUCGAGCAAGUCGGGGGCGGUGGCGCUGUCUAAGGGCGCCAAGGGCGACCACUUGCCCGUGCCCGUGCCGCGCCGCCCGGAUUUCCCCCCGGAUGAGGCGUAA